AUGCUCCCAGGUACCCAGAAGAAGCGCCGCCCAGGAGAUGGCGCGGCGAUCCGCAAGUGCGGCAAGCAGUGGGAGAUCGAGUACGGGUGGCAGAAGGGCCGCCUGACGAACAAGAGAGGAGUCAGAUUGCGUUCAUCCACACUCGACAUUGCCGCCUUCGUCCUCUACAACCCACCGCAACAACGACAUCAAGUCGACCACUGGAAGACUACAGUGGCUCGCCUCACCGAGUGGCUCCACGCCACCAUCCAGCAGCUCCCGCGUCGUUGCCUUGUGAUUGUGGGGACGGACGCCAACUGCGAGUUCGGCAAGACCUCCAGUGGAAAUGGAUCCUACCAGUACACGGCCGAUGGUAUCCAUGUGGGAUCUCACAACACUGCUGCCGAGAAUUUCACAUCAGCGGAAUGGUGGCGCCUACUUCAGAUGGAAGGACUGACAGUGGUCGACUCACACUUCCCGACCGGGCCAACCUAUUUUGGGCAAGAGGCGGGCCACCGCUCGUACCCCGACCACUUUUUCGCCCCACGGGAUACCAUAGACGCGACGCUCUCCUGUUGCUCGCUCAUGGGGGCUAUGCGCGACCUGCAAGUCAUCCCACACGCCGACCCGAAGGACGACCCCUCCGAGGCGUGGCAGUCUCUAGUCCGCGACGUGCGGGGGGCCGCCUUGCCCCUUUUCCAGCGAGGUGCACUACCUGCCCCUACCACCAAGUACGCCCAACAACGGCAGGAACUCCUCGAACGCCGACGCAACCUCAGCAGGCAUUGCAGGUCAGAGACCGACAGACUCGCCAUCAGGGCCUGCGACCGCGAGACCAAGCGCACCAAACACCGACUGGACGCCCAGCACGUCAAGCAGUUGCUUCGGGGCGCCACCGCAGCUGCGGAACGCGGACACACCACGACGGUCUGGAAGCUGGCUUACCAGAUCGGCGGCCGAUACCACGGCGUGAAGAAUCGACGCUUCAAUGCGAUACCACACUACCUUCUCACCCUGGACGAGUGGACGACGACACUACUGGCUGGUGCGGCGGAAGGAGGCUUCUCGGCAGUGCAGGUCCCUGAGCCCGAAUUCCCAUCGGAGAUCGCCUUGGCGCUGCGAGAGCAGAACGACCCAGACGGCACCUGGAAGGAACUACGCGGACAUCCUGCAGCGACUGCCCACGACGACUGGACUGACACGCUGCGGCGUCUCCGACAUGCGGCCCGCAGGCGCUGCGCCCCGCCCCGCUCCGCGCCCGCAGAGCUCUGGUGCGCCAUCCUCAGGGCGGCCAGCAUCGAGGGGACGUUUCAACUUCCCAAAGGCAUUGACAAGGUGGGGACUAAAGCGAUGCGACUGAUCCACUGCUACUGCCCCUUCGGCAAGGCCUGGUACCGCGGGAUUUUCACCAGGCACCGCCGCCCGCCGCUUCCUCAUCACUCUCACGGGUACUCCAGUCAUCGUUCGAGGCAGGGCGCUCAGCUGGUUUCCAAGCUCCAUGCUCGGAGGCUUCGCCGUCUUCGCGUCAACCACCUUCAGCUCAAGAAGGACAUGACCAACGCCUUUCCCUCCACGUCCCACGACGUCUUGGAAGAGGUGGUGGGCCAGAUCAUUCCAGACGUGCAGGACCAUCUGUUCCUCAAGCAGCGCCGCGCCGAGGCGGUCAUGGAGGCGCGAGCGGGCGACGCUCGAGGCUUCUACGUGCCCAGACAUGGCGCAGGCAUGGGCGAUGGCAACGCCUGUGAACUUCUCGUCCGAUCAUGUGUGCGACCUUUGGAGGACUGGAACCGUGAGCUCCUCAUCAACAGCAGGGGCUCCUUCCACCUCGCGGGCGGCUCCGCAGUUCCGCUGAUGGAGGCCGCCACCCUCGUCUCCUGCCCGUGCUCGGGGCAGCUCGUGGAUUUGUCCCUGCGUGAUCAUGCCGGUGAUGUCUCGCAGACGUUGCCACUGCCAGGCAACAACCCUUUUCGUGCCGCGGCGGUGGCCGAGCAGUCCUCCGACCUUCUGGCGGCCAAGCUCAGAGCCCAAGGCGGCUUCGCGCAGAAUGCAUCCAAGGAGCUCGUCCUACCUGUCCUCGGCGGCCCUGGAGGGUACACGGCCACCCGCACCGUCCUUUCGGGACUCGUUUCUUUUCCUGGGCAGCCCAAGGCCCAGGCGGCCUACCUUGGAGGCUUGGAGCAGCUCACUGGAGGCGCGGGGGCGGAGGUUCGAGUCAGGAUCGAUGCGACGAGAUCAGCUUGGUGCAAACUGGGUCGUUUCUGGAAGCAGCACGUCUCGCUCAGGCUCAAAAGGAUGGCCUUCUUGGGUGUUCUGCAGAGCGCGGCCUACGCGGGCCUGGGGACUUCCCUUCUGGCCAAACGGGACUACGCCAAAUUGGAUGCCGUCCUCUUGGGAUUCGCGAAGGUCGCUCUUCGGGGAGUAGCCAGGAGUAGGGAUGCCGAUGGGGUAGAGCAGAUCCGAGUUCCACACGCCUGGCAGGUCCACAAGCGCCUGCGCAUCGCCGACGCUCGCACCGAGCUCCUCGUACGCAGGUUGAGGUAUUGGCAACAACUCGCCAAGUACCCCGAGUCUUCUGUGCAAGCGGUCGCCGCGUUGCUAGGGAACUUUGAGGCGUUGCAGGAGGCGCCUGUGUUCACCGAGUCUGGAUGGAUAGACAAAAACGCGAACCCGUGGGCCCUCCAAAUGCAGAAGGACAUCCUCGCCUUCAGGCUCCCCCCCAAGGGCAAGCUCUUCUUGGGCCAGGGUCACUCGAUCAGGGGCAUCUUUACUCAGUAUAGGGUUGCGGCUUUCUUCGCUAGUCGGGACCCCGCUGGGCUCCGCAAG